UCCUGACUCCUAUGUCUAUGAUCCUGAUCUCUGUUCUUAUCAGUUAUCUGUGUUGUGUGGGAAGUGUUUGAAUCGAAGAAGAAUAGAAAUAAAGUAAGACAUCCCAGAAGGACCCAGCAAAUCUGUUUCGAUAGAACGCGGCAAUCUACCCUCAAAGGUUGCAGUGAGAUAGUGCCCGGCUGGAUGCGCUGCCUUCAUUUGCACACCAUUGCGUAAUGUAACAAACCGUUCUGCCACCAUCGUCGGGUUGGCGGCUAUCGUGAAUGGCCAUUCCGGAUUGGUAUAGGUUAUCCUCGCCGUGUCCGUCCAAUGCAACACUGGGUGCAGAUGGAUGGCUACACUCUCCUACCACCAGUAUCUGCCACUUUGUACUGGCUGUGGUAACGUUCGUGUGCACCAUAGUUGUGCUGGUGUCAUGUAGCAGCAUCUCCGCAUUAUGGAAGCGCUCGUAUCCGCUAGCCAUCACGAAUUUGCAUUGGAUCCUCUUCUUCUUACUCUCCGCUAUCCAGUCUGCUCUACACUGUGCUGUUUAUAUUCAAGACCCAUCCUCUGACCAUAUUCUGCACAUCAACUUCAUCGCUGGUACUAUUCUUCGCUCUAGCCAGAUAUUUCUUGUGGCACUGGCCUUCCAGCAUGAGCGUAUCUACCGCAGAAUUGCCAUUGCUCGGAUCAACAAGAGUUUCCAGCAAUCUGGCUGCUUUGAGCGGUGCCAUACAGUCAACUUUAUUUCGGCAUUCCUGCUGCUUGCACAAAUAGUCCUGGUGGUGCUGAUUGAAGUGAAGUUUCCGAAAGUACCUCUGGUCUGGGCCAGUCAAGGUGUUCUGGUGGCGCAACGCCUGGUCGUGCUUUGUCUUGUGUUCCUGAUCCUGCGACGACAUGGAGAUGAAGACUCACCCACUAUCUGCGCUCAGAUCACGGCGGUGUCCGCAAUGGUCCUGUCAUCGCCGGCUGAUGUCACUGUACAUACACUCAACUCAUAUGGAGUCGAUCAAUGUUUGAUUUAUUUCGGAACGCUUUACGAUCUCUUCGUAAUCCUACACGUCUGCGGACUCGUUUUGCUACUGGUGUAUAUUCGCAAGGAAUACGUUCGUCUACUUCCGGUGUGUCGCUAUUCAUUGAUCAGCAGCAUACAGGGACAGUUUGAUUUCCAUGCUCACUGACCAAGAUGUCGAACUGUGUUACCAGGAACUCCAGUCACUGCCCCGUACAUGUGUUUGUGCGUCUGAAGUAGUUGUUGUCUUGUUCGUACUGUCCACGUUAGAUGAUUAUGAUACUCAUGUUGAAUUACAAGAUACUCUCUUGCAUGGUCUUUACAUAAUAUAAUUUUAUUGGAGUUUAUUGAAGUUAAAAAGUGUUUGAAAAGUUCCUUGUAUUACUUUGAGCUUUUUUUAAGCUAUCAUGUUGAGAAGCCCUUUUUAUACGUAGUUAUUUUUAUUAUCCCAUUGGUUUUGUCUCAGACAACCUUUGUUUGGGGAAGAGUUUCUUGUCCACAUCCAGGUUUUUUUACUGUCUUCAAAUUUAUUUGCCCGUACCCACUCUUAUUUUUCUUAUCCGGGCGGUCCGGGACCAGACACUGCCCACAACUUGGAAAUAUCCGUAACUCAGAAUCAUGCACUUACAAGUAUGGUUUGAUGGGGAGAUCUGGCAUAGGAUGUCACAAUUUCCACACAAGUGGCAAAGGAGUCGUAAUAUUUCCACUAAAACUCGCCCACUGGGUGCCCAUAACUUCGAGAUUCAGAUCCAGAGAGAUAUGAGUGUUCAGAUGGCAAUAAACAGAAUCAGCUGAA